UUCGCGUAACAUUUUGUCGAGCGUGCCGAACACACAGCAGAUUCGUGUGUUUGUAUAUUUAGUGAAGGUUACUACGUGGUACGCGUUGGCAUGUUUAUCCAAUUUGUAUAGUCUGAACGAGUUUGUACAAUCGUCGCGAUGUGUCACGAGUACAACGAUCAUCACCAAUGAUAAACGCUCGUGUAUUUAUCGGAUAAUACGUGCGAAGCUGAUUGUAACGUGUAAAAUGGCGUGGUUCGGAGACGGCUUGGCUAGCCUCUCUAAUUUAAAGGGACAAAUCACGAACUACGCGCAGAAUGUUCUGUCUGAAGGCAUCGUCGAGGAAAUGGACGAGCGAUCCAGGGCAUUGAAAGAAGCGAAUGAAAGAUGCACUCAAUUGGAAGACUUGCUCAAUAGCAAAGAUGCUGAAAUUUCUCUCCUGCGCCGACAAAAUCACGAAUUGCAGAUCGCUGUCGUCGAAAUUAACGAGAAAUCCAAGGAAUCGAAGGACACAAAUCACAUUGAUGAGGCGAGCGAGGGAGCGUUUUGGGACCCGUCAUGCGACAACAAUCGAAAUGCGAGAAAUCAAAAUCAUGUGCGCCAAUUGCAAGAGCAGCUGGUUCAAGCCACCGUGAAAGUACGUGAAUUAGAAUGCGAACUGAAACACGUCGAAAUGGUGAACAAUACGUCCAUGAAGGACGAUCUUCCCGAUGGGCAUCGAAGGGCCGAGGUUUUACGGGCGAAGCAAGAUAUGCUGAACCGUAUAAUACAAAUAGAAGAAAAGACCCGAGAAGCGGAACGAAACGCUAAACGCAUUCAAUUGGACGAAACCACGCUCGUUAACGAUUUCCGCUCGAUAAUAUCGAAGUUGAACUCGCAUGAAAAAUUCGAUUUGGUCAGCGGAGCUCUUAAAGCUUUGCAGAUCGAGAGCGACACGCGCGGCAAGAUGAAGGAGCACGAGAAAUCAGACUCGGACGAGAAAUUCGGCCGAGUCGGUGGCUUCGAAUACAAUCCUUUAACUUUGAGGCAAUAUUUCGACGCGAACUCGGAACAACCGAGCAAGCCGAGUGAUACAAACGAGGAACAUUCGACCCAAAAGGAGGAGAUAUUGCGAAAAAGGAUAGAGGAGCUCGAAAAUAAGAACGAAGAUCUCCUGCAGGCUAUGGAAAAAUUGGACGAAGGACAUUCGCAAUCAAUUGAAGAAUUGCUCGCUCUCAGGCAGGAAGCCAACAAGAAGCACCGUACCCUCCAAAGCGCGUACGAGCAACUCUCCGUAGAUUACAACGAGGCUCAGAGGGAGAUCAUCGAAUUGCGAAGCAACGAUACGCAGUUACAGAAGCUCGAUAGAAGUAUCGAUAAACUGGACAAGCACACUCAAGCGACACCUCCCUCUCAGAAGGACGACUCGGUGCCGGCAAGAAGUGAUCUCGACGAUGUCACCGAGAAAGUCAAGGCCAUCCUGAGAAACUGCACUAUAAACAGCGUCGAGUCGGGAGAAUCGAUCUUCGAGACGCUCGCGAAGCAGUACGUCGACUCCAAGUGGAAAUUGGAGAUGCUGGAGAGAAAAUUGACGGAGACCGCGAGGAACUUCAAGGACGCCGAGGACGUGAAGGACGCUCUGCAGAUGGACUGCGAGGAGUUGCAGUCCCACAUCGACACGCUGCUGAUGGAGAAUCAAACCUUAAAGUCGAGCCUGCCGUGUAUUCCUGAGGCGAGCGAAGAACGAGUAGCUUCCCUGGAGACGGACGUGGAAUCCUUGAACGAAGAGGUGAAGCGCCUUCUGGCGGAGAACAAAACGAUGCGCGAGACAAACUCGAAUCUGACGCGCGCUAUACGAAGCCAGGAAUUGUCUUCGACAAAUUCCAGCCAAUCGACGGAGAACGCCGAUCACCAGGUACCACGCUCGUGCUUGGAAGAAGACAAAGAGUCGUGGGAAGAGAUUGGUCUGUCGAAAGAUACGGCGGAACGAGAAGAGUUCCCAAUACCUUCGAGUGAGGUGAAAAGUUCGGACGAAGAGAUCGAGCGGCCGAGAGUCGACCAUGAAAACGUAACGCAAGAAUUAGUACAGACGGUGUCCAAAGUGGAAUUAUUGGAGAGUGAUUUGGCACUUCAACGGGACACUGUGAACAAAUUAGCGAGAGAAAACGAAGAUUUGCUGAAGAAGAAGGCGCAGUUGGAGAUGGAAUUGUAUGAUCAGCGAGAACACAAUUUACGAAGGAACGAUUACUACGAGUGCGUCCUGGGCGACCUGCAGCAACAGCUUAACGAAGCUGAUCGCGAGAAAUCCGCCUUACAAGACGACCUUUCGUGCAGGACUAUGAAGUUGGACAAGAUGCAGACUCAGAUCGACGGGAAGCAAUCUCAGCUUGCGAAAUUGUGCCAAGAUAACGACCGAUUGACCAAAGAGAACGUUUCUCUGUCGGAGCAGUUGGCGGCUACGCACAACGAAUCCCUGGAUAAGAUCGAGCUGCUGAACACAGAGAUGUCGUUGCUUCAACAGGAACACGAGGACUUGAAGCAGGAGGUGUCGACCUACAAGGAAGACCUGGCUCGCGCGAGGGAGGAGCUGCGCGAGACGCAGCAGCGUCACGCGGAAUUGGGGAACGAGCGCGGUGCGUUGAAGGCGCGAUGCGAAGAACUCGAGGAGGAGAAGCAAAAGUUUCGGGACGCGGUGGCGGAACGAGCGAGGCGAGUACGGGAGCUCGAGGAAGAGCUGAAUCUCAGGGAGGCGAAAUUCCACUUCCUGCUGAACAAAUGCGAGUCCUUGGAGAGAGAGGCGAAGGGUUCGACUAUGCUGCUCGUGCCUCCGGAAACGACGCACGACGAACGUCAAAUGAACGACGAGGAGGCUGUGAGAGCGGAAAAGCAGCGAGACUCGGCGGCGGAAGAUGCGAGCAACGCGGCGUCCGAGGAACAACGGACGCUCGAGCAGAUAAUCGAGGGGGAGAGGCGGGAGAAGGAGAUCGCAAGGGAACUCAACGAGAAGCUGACGGGCGAGAUCGCCGAGUUACAUGCCCGACUGCAAACUGCUGUUGAGAACAACAAGGAGUCCGCGGGGAUGGCCAAGCAGACUAUCGAGGAUCUCUCCCGCCUGAUUCGAGACAAGGACAACGAAAUGAGCGUCUUACGGGCCGACCUCGCACAGGCAGGCGACACCAUCGCGAAGAUGUCGGGUGACAUCGCUAUGAUCGACCAACGAAGGGACGGACUGGAACAGCUUGCUGCUGUCAAGCACAACGAAGUCUUGCGAUACCAAGACGAGAUUCAGCAGCUGGUUCGUCGCGUGAACGAGCAGGCGGCUCACAUCCAGGGUCUGAUCGCUGAGCGGACGGUGAACGAGGCGGCGGGUAAGGCGAAUACGGAGGAAAACGGCCCCAACGGAGCUAAGAAUCAGAUCGCCGAGCGCCAGAGGAACGAACUCGCGGCUCUGGACGAGAAAUGCGGCGUGCUGGAGGCCGCUCUGAUCGAAGAGCGAUCCAACAGCAGGAUUCUGCGGGACCAGCUCGCCGAGAGUCAGGGCAAGGAGAUCAACGCCGCCAGGGAGCUGGAGAGGCUGAGGACGCACUUGGUCGAGAUGGAGUCGAGCUACACGGAGGAGGCUCUGAUCGCCGAGAAGACGCGCGAGGAACUGGAGACGAAGCUGCAACAGGUCGAGGAGAAGAUGAAGAACAGCCUGACCGCUUACACGUCGGCGAGUAUCAGGGCGAACCAGCAGGUCGAGACGUUGCAGCAACAAAUGGCCCUCAUCGUUCAGCAGAGGGAUCAGAUACAGGCGAAGCUGUCCGCCACGGAAGACAACAUUUUAGUACAGGCCGCCUCUUUGACUAACCUACAGAUUGUCUUGGAGCAGUUCCAACAGACUAAAGAACGCGACAUCAUAUCGGCGACGGAGAAGAUUCGAUCCCAGCUCAACGAGUCGUACGAGAGACAGCAGGAAUUGGCGAGUGAAAUCUCAACUCUCAAGCAACAAUUAUCCGAAGCUAAAGAAUGCUUGCAAGCUGCUUCUAGACUAAGCGAGCAACUCGAGAAGAAGGACGAGCAAAUCGGGCAACUCAACGAAGAAGUGACGCGACUGACGGCGCUGGUGAGCUCUAUCAAUGAGAAGGUGAGGGAAACGAUGGAGCGCGACGAGGGAAAGGUUGACAAAACCCUCGUGAAGAACCUUCUCCUGGGUUACUUGUCCCCGACCACGUCGGACAAGUCCUCGAUUCUGAGGGUCUUCGCCACCGUCUUGGACUUCACCGAGUCGGAGAAGGAUAAAACUGGCGUGAACAAUGCCGCGGCGCAGGGCAACUGGAUGUUGCGCGCCGGCAAAGGCGGCGCGCUGCUAAAAGGCGAGGAGACAUCUCUGUCGGCAGCCUUCGUGAGGUUUUUAGAGAGCGAAUCCAAGCCGAAGCCCCAGCUGCCCGCCUUGCCGAUAUUGAACACGGCUACCUCACGACCCGGAUACACCAAGCAGCAGCAGUCGACCUUGGCGUCGUCGUCCUCAGCGUCGUCAUCGUUGUCCUCAUCGACGUUGUCGUCGACGUCGUCGUCAUCGUCCUCCUCGCUGUCUACCCAAUCCACGCUGCUGCUGUCCAAUGUUGCUCUCCCGACAUUCCCGGACUUCGUGCCGGCCAGAAACACGGGCUCCAUCCUGAAGGAGGUCCUGAAGGACAGUUGAUAUUACACGCUGUAUUAAACUAUGUACAAACGACGACCAUUGAAAGCUCCGUUAGAUUGUAUCUCAUCACCGGGAUCGGGUCCGUGACAGCCGGUUUCCCGCCGUCUCGUCGUGCCGCUACGCCGAGGGAAACGGAGGAGGAAUAACCAGCUGCGCGCGCACUUCGAAAGCAAUCGGAGCUCGGCGUCUAUCGAAGAUCCCACUUGUUGCUGACUCGCGAGAUUUUUAUUAUAUAGGAGGAACACUCAGUACUUGCUAUCGUGUGAUACGAGUACACACUGUACAUAGCCUUGGCGACGUUGCGCUCUCCACCACGUACUUAGCUGUGCAUCCGGAAAAUUCGCGCACCGCGCGUGGGAGUUUCGUCAGAUUUAAUUCACGUGUGUUUCCACUGCUUCGAUCACGAUCCUCAAUCGUCGGACUUACACGAGAUAUUAUUCUCGUUGAAGCACAUUUCAGCGCAAUAUUUGUGCGCAUUAUUGUUCACUUGGUUCGAGUAUCUUGCGCUUUCGGUCUUUUGCUUCAAGUUGACAGCGGUAUUUCCGCCGCAGAAAUCUGAUCUUUCGCGAAGAUCACGAAUGUCACGCGAUGAAGAGAAGCAUGCGCGUUAAACAGGAUUACGUUUGGGUUUACUGCGAUUGAUCGGCUACAGAGAUUAAUUGUUCUCAAUGAUUAUAUUAUUGCGUUUGGCAAAUAAAGAUAACCUGUUGAUUUUGUAUGGAGAAGAGAUGCGUUCGCACGGUAAUUUAGCUUCUUUCUCCGACACGACUCCGGACGACGAACUUGGAUUCGUCGUUCAUCAGAGGCAAAGAAGGACGCAUUCAGAUGGCAAAUGACAGAUUCUCCGGGAGCGUUUCAUUUGAAAUAGUUUUAAUAUAGCCAUUAUAAAUGUUACAAUGAACGGAAAGUAUGCUAGAUCGCCUCGUGACAGAAAAAAAAAAGUAACCAGAGUUCUCUGUGACGAUGACACAACAUGACACUGCAAAAUAAUAAAUACAUAGUAAGGUUUCGUUGUAUAACCAACUCGCGUACUAUGGGCAUAAAUACAAAAUAAAACUAUGUAUUUAAACAAAGUUAGUGUACAAAAUAUAGAUCUAUUCAACGAGA